AUGGUACUCGCAGCAGUUCUAGCCUCCUUUAUCGCAUUGGCUUGUAUCUUGCAGACCAAAGGCGACGAUGAUAGCUCUGUCGGUUCUUUGCCAUUGGUCAAUGAACCUGGCUUCCUUUCGUUGUUCUCGUUAAAGGCAAAGUGGAAAUUUAUCCAUGCCAGCAAGGAUCUCGUUGAGGAAGGACAAAAGCUUUACCCCAAUAAACCAUUCAGACUCAUCACAGACUGGGGUAAGGUACUCAUGCUGACGCCGAAGUACGCUCAAGAGAUCCGAAAUGAUCCACAUCUAAGCUUUACCAAAGCUAUCUACUAUGAUGGUCAUGCAAACAUCCCAGGAUUUGAGACAGUCAAAUUGAUCUCACAUCCCCAUAGUCUCAUUCAGAUUGUAGCAAGAAAAUACCUGACUAGACAUCUUUCAGCGGUCAUUCGACCACUUGCUGAGGUUACCGAAGGAUCAUUAGUCCUGAACCUUGGUAGCUCAUCCGAAUGGCAUGAAGUCAAUCUCAAACUAGCUGUUCUUGAUAUUAUUGCCCGUCUCUCGUCACGUAUUUAUUUUGGUGAUCAGCUACACCAAAACGAGAAAUGGCUGUCCAUUGUCAAAAACUACGCGUCUUUGUUUUUCACAGCUGGUUCCGAGUUACGCAAGGUUCCUUGGAUCCUUCGACCAGUCGCCCACUGGUUCAUGCCAUCAUGUAUUGCACUUCGAUCUGAGCUACGUAACGCACGUCGCCUGACACGGCCAUACAUCGAGUACCGUCAAAAGCUCAAACAGACUGCUAUCGACGAUCGCACACCUAUCCCGCAAUUUGAUGAUGUUUUGCAAUGGGCGGAAACCGAAGCCCAGGUCAAAGAAUCCAAGUAUGACCCAGCCACAUUCCAGUUGACGCUAUCGCUAUUGGCCAUUCAUACGACGUAUGAUCUCUUGGAGAUGUGUAUGAUCGAUCUUGCGAAACAUCCCGAUUACAUUCCAAGAAUACGAGAAGAAAUCGUUGAUGUUCUACGCAAAGACGGCUGGACGAAAAAGGCAUUGUACAACAUGAAACUUCUCGACUCCGCGAUCAAAGAAUCUCAACGUCUCAAGCCUGGAAGCAUCACAUCCAUGCGCCGCUACGCUACCUCAGAUGUCUAUUUAUCGAACGGCUUAGUACUCAAGAAAGGUGAGAGACUGAAUGUUCUCACAUUACACAGAUCUCCAGAUUUGUAUCCGUCCCCCGACGCGUACGACGCUUAUCGUUUCUUCAAUUUGCGGCAACAGGCUGGCAAUGAAAACUCGGCUCAGCUGGUUUCGACCUCUGUCGAACACAUGGGGUUUGGGCAUGGAGAGCAUUCAUGUCCUGGACGGUUUUUUGCUGCGAACGAGAUCAAAGUCGCAUUGGCACACAUCAUUGUUAAGUAUGAUUGGAAAUUGGUCGAUGAAGCAGGUCAACAUACAGAAUUGAAAGGUAUGAUUGAGAAGGCGAGCGGCAAGGUUAAUAUCAUGGUGAAAAGACGGACAGAUACUGAGUGUCCUAUUGAUGAAUAUUGA